AUGACAACACUCCAAAGCCCCGCCUCCGGCUCUGGUGACCCAAAGGCAUCAGGACCGACUCGCGCAGCGGCCCGCGGCCAGGCCCCGCCCCCCGGCGUCGAUUGGCCAGAUGCGCGCUGGGGGCGGGGCUUGAGGGCGGGCAAAAGCUCCGGAAGCGCGGGCGCCGGCGGCCGCGGCACCAUGGACUCGCGGGGCGGCGGCGGCGCGGGGCGGCCGGGGCGGCGGUGGCUGCCGCCCGUGUCCUUUCUGCUCUGGUGGCUGCUGGCGGCGCCCGGCGUCCGGGCGGCGGGCUACAAGACAUGUCCCACGGUGCAGCCAGACAUGCUCAAUGUGCACUUGGUGGCCCAUACACAUGACGACGUGGGCUGGCUCAAGACGGUGGACCAGUACUUCUACGGCAUUAACAAUGACAUCCAGCACGCGGGCGUGCAGUACAUCCUGGACUCUGUCCUCGCGGCUCUGCUGGAAGACCCCGCCCGGCGCUUCAUCUACGUGGAGAUGGCUUUCUUCUCCCGAUGGUGGCGCCAGCAGACGAACGCCACACAGGACGCUGUGCGGAAACUCGUGCACCAGGGGCGCCUGGAGUUUGUCAACGGUGGCUGGGUGAUGAACGACGAGGCGGCCACCCACUAUGGAGCCAUCGUGGACCAGAUGACACUUGGGCUGCGCUUCCUGGAGGACACAUUUGGCAGUGACGGGCGCCCCCGUGUGGCCUGGCACAUCGACCCCUUUGGCCACUCUAGGGAACAGGCCUCUCUGUUUGCCCAGAUGGCCUUUGAUGGUUUCUUCUUAGGGCGUAUUGACUACCAAGAUAAACAGGCACGGGAGAAGAAGCUGGACAUGGAGCAGGUGUGGAGGGCCAGCGCCAGCCUGAAUCCCCCCACUGCCGACCUCUUUACUGGUGUGCUCCCCAACAUAUACAAUCCCCCAGAGAACCUGUGCUGGGAUGUGCUGUGUGCAGACAAGCCCGUGGUGGAAGAUCCCCAGAGCCCUGAGUACAAUGCCAAAGAGCUGGUCAGUUACUUCCUGCAGCUGGCCUCCACCCAGGGUCGGUAUUACCGCACCAAUCAUACCAUGAUGACCAUGGGCUCAGACUUCCAGUAUGAGAAUGCCAACAUGUGGUUCAAGAACAUCGAUAAGCUUAUCCGCCUGGUCAAUGCCCAGCAGGCAAACGGGAGCCGGGUCAACGUUCUCUACUCCACCCCUGCCUGUUACCUGUGGGAGCUGAACAAGGCCCAGCUCACCUGGUCGGUGAAGGACGACGACUUCUUUCCGUACGCGGAUGGCCCACACAUGUACUGGACCGGGUAUUUUUCCAGCAGGCCAGCGCUCAAACGCUAUGAGCGCCUCAGCUACAACUUCCUGCAGGUGUGCAACCAGCUGGAGGCCCUGGUGGGGCCGGAGGCCACCAAGGGACCGUAUGGCUCUGGAGACAGUGCUCCUCUGAACGAGGCGAUGGCGGUCCUCCAGCACCACGAUGCGGUCAGCGGCACCUCGCGGCAGCAUGUGGCCAACGACUAUGCCAGGCAGCUCUCUGCAGGCUGGGGACCCUGUGAGGUUCUGGUGAGCAACGCCCUGGCGCGGCUGAGCGGCUCCAAGCUGGACUUCGCCUUCUGCCGGGAGCUCAACGUCAGCGUCUGCCCGCCCAGCCGGAGGCCGGCGCCCUUCCAGGUCGUCAUUUAUAACCCUCUGGGGCGGAAGGUGGAUCAGAUGGUGCGGCUGCCUGUCAGCGAAGGCACUUUCCUUGUAAAGGAUCCCAAUGGCAAGACUGUGCCCAGUGAUGUGCUGGUGCUUCCCAGCCCUCCAGGUCAGGAGCAAACAUCAGAGCUACUUUUCUCUGCCUCAGCACCUGCCCUAGGCUUCAGCAUCUACUCCGUGACCCGAAUCCCUUCACGACACCCCAAAGCCCGCACUCAGCAGUACGAUCCCAAGAAGUCCAACCGUCAAGUCUUGGCUAUUGAAAAUGAGUUCAUCCAGGCUACAUUCGACCCUGACACAGGGCUAUUGAUGGGAAUCCGGAACAAGGAGCAGAAUCUCGUGCUUCCCAUGAGCCAGGGCUUCUUCUGGUACCAGGCCAGCACAGGUGACAAGGAGAGCAGCCAGGCGUCCGGUGCCUACAUCUUCAGACCAGAACGUCCCCAGCCACUGCCUGUGAGCCGGUGGGCUCAGGUCCGCCUCGUGAAGACAGCCUUGGUACAGGAGGUCCAUCAGAAUUUUUCAGCAUGGUGUUCCCAGGUAGUUCGCCUGUACCCAGGACAGCGUCACCUGGAGCUGGAGUGGACAGUGGGGCCAAUUCCAGUGCAAGAUGACUGGGGCAAGGAGGUUAUCAGCCGCUUUGACACUCCGCUGAAGACGGAGGGACAGUUCUUCACGGACAGCAAUGGCCGGGAGGUCCUCAGGAGGAGUCGCAAUUACCGACCCACUUGGAGACUGAACCAGACCGAGCCAGUGGCUGGGAACUACUAUCCGGUCAACACUCGAAUUUACAUCACGGACGGGGACGUACAGCUGACGGUGUUGACUGACCGGUCCCAGGGAGGAAGCAGCCUGAGGGACGGCUCGCUGGAGCUCAUGGUGCACCGAAGGCUGUUGGCAGACGAUGAGCGCGGGGUCGGGGAGGCGCUGCUGGAGUCGGAGAGUGGGCAGUGGGUGCGGGGACGCCACCUCGUGCUGCUGGACUCGGCCCGGAACGCGGCUGCGGGCCACCGUCUGCUGGCCGAGCGGGAGGUGCUGGCUCCGCAGCUGGUGCUGGCCUUGGGCCGCGGCGUCCCGUACCGCCCUGGGACAGCACCGCGCACGCAGUUCUCCGGGCUGCUCCGCGAGCUGCCGCCCUCUGUGCACCUGCUCACUCUGGCCCACUGGGGCCCAGGGAUGCUGUUGCUGCGUCUGGAGCACCAGUUUGCAGUCGGAGAAGAUUCCGGCCGAAACCUGAGCUCCUCGGUGACCUUGAACUUGCAGGACCUGUUCUCUGCCUUCACCAUCACCCGCCUGCAGGAGACCACACUGGCAGCCAACCAGCCCCUGGCCAGCACCUCCAGGCUGAAGUGGACGCCAAACACUGGUCCUGUCUCCUACGCUGCUCCCUCCAAGCUGGACCCUACCUCGGUCACGCUGCAGCCCAUGGAAAUCCGCACUUUCGUGGCUUCAGUGCAAUGGAAAGAAUUCAGCUAGCCCCCCUCCCCCUCCAAGGGCUAUAGACUCCUCCCUCUCUUUUUGUUGCUAUCACUCUCAAAAGUUAUUAAAUUGUCAUUACUAAGACUCAG